AGUGCUCGGGUUUCUCAGGCAACGCGCAAGUGUGCACACAAGAACACAGCCGCGGAGACGCUAGCCAGGAAACGUCCUUUGGGAGCGCGCAAAGGACAGCGCGGCGGGUCCCAGCAACCCGUGCGCUGGCUUGACGUCAUCAAAGAGCACCGGAAGUGCGGCGGCCGCGGCGGAGACACGUGUGAAUCGGAGAGCCGGCUUAUGCUGCGUAAGUUUCGGAGCUUGGAGCGGCGCUCCGGGCUUGCUAGCAAGUCCAGUGCUGUUCGGCCGGAAGCCAACCUUCGCUGCUGUCGGGAGCCCUCCGUGGAGACUCUGGGCAAGGGGUUACAGGGAAUCCGGACUCGGAGGUGGUUUCUCCCCCGUGCUAGUGCACGCCUGUCAGAGGCCGUCGCCUUCACACUGGGGGAUGGAGAAAAGACUAUAUUCUAGUCCUUCCUGUGUGGGAAUCCUUGGGUUUCUGCCACUGCGCACUCUUUCUUGUGUCCUCUGAAAACAGAGCUCUCCAGAAGGGCUCCAUAUGUUAGACUAGAGUGCACUUCUGUUGGGUUGCCUAAGCAAGUUAGCUAAGCUAACGCUGCUCAGAACCCAGGCCCCACAGACCUCUCUAUCCAAACCACAGAUCUUCAUCCUGCCUCCUGGUCCUCUGACCUGACGCCCACACACCACUUCUCCAGGUCCCUGAUUCUUGGCAAAUGUUAACACCAUGAGUUUCGUGGCAUACGAGGAGCUGAUCAAGGAAGGCGACACAGCCAUCCUGUCACUGGGCCAUGGCUCGAUGGUGGCAGUGCGUGUGCAGCGUGGGGCACAGACCCAGACCCGGCAUGGCGUCCUGCGGCACUCAGUGGACCUCAUUGGCCGUCCAUUUGGCUCCAAGGUGACUUGCAGCAGAGGCGGCUGGGUGUAUGUGCUGCACCCUACUCCCGAGCUCUGGACGGUGAACCUGCCCCACCGCACACAGAUCCUCUACUCUACCGACAUUGCCUUAAUCACCAUGAUGCUGGAGCUGCGGCCCGGUUCUGUGGUCUGUGAAUCAGGCACGGGCAGCGGUUCCGUGUCCCACGCGAUCAUCCGCAGUAUCGCCCCCACGGGCCACCUCCACACGGUAGAGUUCCACCAGCAGCGGGCAGACAAGGCCCGGGAGGAGUUCCAGCAGCAUCGGGUGAGCCAGUGGGUGACUGUGCACACUCAGGAUGUGUGCCGGAGUGGCUUCGGUGUGGUUCACGUGGCUGACGCCGUCUUCUUGGAUAUCCCAUCACCCUGGGAAGCUGUGGACCAUGCCUGGGAUGCCCUCAAGGUUGAAGGUGGGCGCUUCUGCUCCUUCUCGCCGUGCAUUGAACAGGUGCAGCGCACAUGCCAGGCCCUGGCAGCCCAUGGCUUCACAGAGCUCAGCACCCUGGAGGUGCUGCCACAGGUCUACAAUGUGCGCACUGUCAGUCUGCCCUUGCCUGACCUGGGGGCCGACGACUUAGAGGGCAACGUGGGCUCUGAUGCCAGCCCCUUCCGUAGUGGCACACCCAUGAAGGAGACUGUGGGCCACACUGGCUACCUCACUUUUGCCACCAAGACCCCAGGCUAGUGGGCCUCCAAAGGAGUAUCGGAGGCCAGCCAGAGGCCAGAGGCUGCCUUAUAUGGUCAGCCACUGCGUUUAGAAAGAGAUGGGGGAGGGGCCUCCUGGGUGGUUGGGGAAUAGGCUGGCCCGCUCAGUUGGGAGGCACUCCUGUCUUCUGAGAGGGAACCUCUCCCGUCUUCUGAGAGGGAACCUCCGCUUCCUCACUGCCCAGCUCAAGCGCAGCCCCUGCUCUUUGUUGUCAACAUGAAGUUUCCCCUCCACAGCUUUCCUGGGUUUUGGGACCAAAUGGUACAACUUGAGGGCAGCAGAAGCUUGGGGCGCUGUCUGAAGCCUCAGCUGACCUACAGGAGCAACGGACUGUCCCAUCCCUGGUCCAAGGCUCCAGCCCCUGGUGGUCCAGAGCUUAGCCAGAAGCUGUGGUUGAGCUAAGCUCAGAAAGCUGGCCCUACACUCAUCUUCCUGUACCUCCCUGAGGCUGAUGGAGGGACCAGGCCAGCCUAGGAUCAAAGGAGGUGACUCCAUAAUCUUGUGCUGCACAGGCCCUGUGUGAGCGCGCCCGUGAGUUCCUGAUGUGCUGUCACCUGAGGUUAGGCAUCAUCCUGUGGAGAUGGCGUGCAGCAGGUUAGGUCCAUGCUUCCAGUGGCCUGUCAAGCCCUUGUUGGAGCUAGGGUCAAAGAGCAGGUCAUAGAGGAGGCCAUCAUGGGCUAAGAGCCCUGGCUAUGGACUUGCUGCAUGUGUCACCUUGGUGUCCAUUCCCACCCAGUAUGUGGCUGGCUUCAUGGGAGUUUCCUAUUGGUCGAGGCUGCCCUGUAGCUGCUGGUGAUGUGUGAAACCAGCCACUGAGAGACUUAACCCAUGUCAUAUGUCAUACCUGACAUUACCUAGAGGAGCAAUAAAUGUUUUGCCUCACUGUGCUUA